AUGGCCUCAUCCUGCAGAGCAAAGACGGCUAUUCUCAGAGGCCUCCGUCCUCUCGUCUCUACCCAACAACAAGUGGCAGCAACCCAGAAGAUCCUCUCGUCGGCAUGUGUGGACGAAUGUAUCUACUGCGACAUCUGGAAACUGGCCACGCUGAUUGCCUCUCACUCUCCCCUUUCGGCUCGCUACAACCUCACGACGGGCACACCGACCAACUCACCUGUCUCGUCAGCACCGUCCAGCCCCGUGGUUUCGUCACCUAUUGCCCAGUCGUCAACACCAUACAGCUCCAUCAUCUCUGCCUCCAAGCGGAUCGAAGCUCAGUUUCAGACUCAACGAUCCAAGCUCAAUUCCAUCCUCAGUAUCUGCACAGUCUCCGGGGUGGACGCCACUGAGGGUCUGAGAUUGGCUCAUGACCGAUGUGCUGCCGCUGUGGAGGACCUGCUCGACCAAGAAGAAGACCUGGAGGAGGAGCUGUUGCGGGAUCUUCAAGAACAACAAUACGACUACUCUUACAGUUACGACUCGCAAUACGCCUAUCCGAGCGGCCCGGUAGCAUACGGCUACACGUACGAGAGAAGACCCAGCAUGGUCCACGUGACGCACUGA